AUGAAGAUUAGCUUGGCUUAUUUGUUGGUUGUUCUGUUUGGUGUUUCUGAUGCCGCUAUUCAUAAGAUGACGUUGAAGAAAAUUCCUGAGACUCCAUCUCAGAAAAUUCAUCGUUAUUCACAAACCGGUGAUUAUUUGACUCAGAAAUACUUUGGUAGUUCUCGUCAUACGCAAGAGGCAAACCAAAUGUUUGUCCCAGAUUCUAUGGGUAGAGUACAACACGGCGUACCUUUAACAAAUUUCAUGAAUGCUCAAUAUUUUGGUGAAAUUUCUCUUGGAUCUCCACCACAAAAAUUCAGUGUUGUAUUUGACACUGGUUCUUCUAACCUUUGGGUUCCUUCCACACAUUGUACUUCCAUCGCAUGCUUUCUUCAUCGUCGUUAUGAUUCUGGUAAAUCUAAAACUUUUAAGUCUAAUGGUACCGAAUUUGCGAUUCAAUACGGUACUGGUAGUCUGGAAGGCAUUAUAAGUAAUGAUAAUUUAGGGGUUGGGGAUAUUACCAUUGAAAACCAAGAUUUUGGUGAAUCUGUGAAAGAACCUGGUUUUACUUUUGCUUUUGGCCGAUUCGAUGGCAUUUUUGGACUUGGUUAUGAUAGGAUCUCCGUAAAAGGGGUUGUGCCUCCGUUUUAUCAUAUGGUUAAUCGAGGUCUUAUCGACGAGCCAGUUUUUUCUUUUUGGAUUAGUGAAGCAGAUAAAGAUGAAGAAAUAGGAGGCGAAAUUGUUUUUGGUGGUAUCGAUCAAUCACGUUAUACCGGAGAUAUCCACUGGGCUUCAGUACGAAGAAAAGCUUAUUGGGAAGUAGAACUCGAAAAGGUUGUUUUUGAUGGUGAAGAUGUUGAAAUGACAGAUACAGGUGCAGCCAUUGAUACUGGUACAUCACUUUUGGCAGUACCUACUAUCGUUGCUGAUUUAAUUAACAAACAAAUUGGCGCAAAGAAAAAUUACGCUGGUCAAUAUAUCAUUGAUUGUGACAAAGUUCCGAGUUUACCUGAUUUUAGCAUGCAGUUCAAUGGCAAAUUAUUUACCUUGACUGGUUUCGAUUAUAUCUUAAAAGCUCAAAAUCAAUGUAUUUCUGGAUUCUAUGGCUUAGAUAUCCCUGAACCUCUUGGUCCAAUUUGGAUCAUUGGAGAUGCUUUCCUUCGUAAAUUCUAUACUAUCUAUGAUCUUGGCAAAAAUCAGGUCGGCUUUGCUGAUGCAAAAUAA